AGUUAAUAGACUAUGGCAAUGAAUGAUUUUGUGUUUAAAUGAUUGUAUCAGGAACAAAUACAAUCACUUGACAGUCAGAUGGACUCCACAUCAGCUGCUGAUAACAUAAAGGAAGAUGCUGUGAGCAAGGUUUUGGGAAAAGACAAACCUGGACGAGUAAGGGGCUUUGGUAGAGGGAUUACAGCUAAUAAGCUAGCAUAUCUGCAAUUUAGAGACGCUAAGAUUGCAGAAAUGAAAAGUGAGAUUGAAGAGUUAAAGGGGAUGGUGCGAGAAUUAGCUGAGAAGAAGAAAAGUAAUGUUGAUGCUGAAACAUCUGAGAGUAGUGGUGGAUUCAAAGAAGGAGUCAGAGUACAAAUACUGGAUUGGAUUGAAUCAGAGGAUGUUGUUGUUGGUGAAGGAGAAUUCUGCUCUGCUGAACCGAAGUACAAAAUUGGUCGUAUACCAAUUGGUCCUAAUGCAGUGGCUAUCGUAGUUAAGUAUGCACUAAGCGCAUCAGCUUCACUCUGGAGGCCUACUACGGAUGUGUUAACUCUUGAUGAAGCUGUGGGAUACAAGAUAUCUUGGCCAAUGGAUAAAGUGAUUUUGGAUAAGGAUCCAAACUGUUCUGAAGAUUUAUCUAUGCAAAGCAAGGAAGGUGAAUAUCGAAGAUGCAAGAUAUAUGAUUGGACCAAUGAUGAGGACGAGGUCAUUGCUGAAGGUCUCGUGUGCUCUUCAAAAUCCAAAGACAUGGUUAACAACAUACCUCUGGGUCCCAAUGCUGUUAGUGUCGAAGUAGUGAAGGUGUUCAAUGAUCAAGCAUAUUUGUGGAGGCCAACCGCUGAUAUGUUCUUGAUUGGUGAUGCACUUAGCGAGAAAAUAGCAUGGCCAGUCCUAAAGGUUGAAGUCAUGCCUACACCCGCUACAGAAGUAACACCAACUAAAUGUGCAGGGAAGAAAAUAGCAUCACCUUCGAAGCCAGCCAAGAAAAAAGCAGUGAGUCCAGGCAGCACUAGUUCGACCAGAAGUCCGAAGCAGAAGUGCACUCUCUUGGAUUGCAACAACUCUGGACGUAAGGUAGCUGAAGGAAGGGUAGCUUCAACGGAUCCGAAUGAGUUGUGCCACUUUGUACCCCUAGGUCCAAAUGCAAGCAAGGUGUGGAUUGAUGUGGCUAAGAUCGGUGAUGCAAAAGUCUGGAGGCCAAAUUCAGAGAUUGAAUACAUAUCUGAUGCAAUGGGUUCGGUUGUGGCAUGGCCAAAUGACAAAAUCAAGUUUGUCUAAAAUUGUCGUCUGAAACAUUUUUCAAGUUGGUUCUCAUCGGCUAUGUAUUUCUAGUGUGUGAUCGAAUGUUUAGGUACUUUUUUACUCGGUUGAAAUCAUGUAUGAUAUUAUGUAACAGUUAGCAGACAAAAAAAACAAAAAUUAUGUGUUAUAUUAUGAUAUAAGGUUAUGUGUGAAAAUGUUUAGCUUGUUAACCCCUAUACCCUUAAGUGCAUAAUUUUACAUUAAACCAUAAGCUUUAAAAAUUAAAUCCACAGACGGGAAGACCAAAAAUUAAAAUC